AUGCCUCCUCCCAUAGCCAGCGACCCUUGGUUAGCUGGUCGUCACUUCGGUAUUGUCAUAGACGCUGGAUCGUCAGGCUCACGGCUCCAAAUUUACAGUUGGAAGGAUCCCUCAAUUGUUUCUACUGAUUGGGCAUUUACGUUCUCGCAUACGUUGCCCAAGGUUGAAAAGGGUACAAAAAAUGGAGAGGAUUGGUCUACUAAAGUCGAGCCAGGUAUAUCCACGUUUGCAGAGAACCCUGAGGACAUUGGAGCUUAUCUUCGCCCCCUUCUCAGUCAUGCCCGGGACAAAAUUCCUCCGUCGCUUCACAAAGACACACCUCUUUUCCUCCUUGCUACGGCUGGAAUGCGCUUGCUUUCUUCAGAAAAGCAGGCCGAUAUUUUGAAGGAAACUUGCUCCUUUCUCGUCCGUCAUUCUUACUUCAAAAUUGACGACCCUUCGGAAAACGGGCCCUGUGGCUCAAGUGUGCUCAUUAUCACCGGAGAGGAAGAGGGUCUGUUUGGAUGGAUAGCAGUAAAUUAUCUUAUGGACGGUUUCACGAACAAACAAGGACAUACCACUUAUGGAUUUCUGGAUAUGGGAGGCGCGUCAACUCAGAUCGCUUUCGAGCCAGGCAAGGACCAUGAAUUAGACACGAAUGAUCUGAUAGACGUCCGGUUACGCUUAUUGGACGGCGACGAAAUACACCACAUGGUUUUCGUAACGACGUGGUUAGGCUAUGGAACGAAUCAGGCGAGGGAACGAUAUGUCGGUAUGGCUAUCGAAGGCUUUGAAGAAAGUCGUUCUGGCGAAGCCGAUGUUGUUCCUGACCCGUGUCUGCCGAAAGAUCUCGAGUUGGUCGAAACUCCGGCCUUUGUUGGUCAUGCUGCCGACCAUAUUCAGAAAACACACCACCUUAAAGGUACUGGCUCCUUCGAACAGUGCAUGCAGAAAACCUCCACCCUGCUCAACAAGAGCAAACCCUGUCCCGAUGUGCCAUGUCUCAUGGACGGAGUUCAUGUCCCACCCAUCGAUUUUUCGGUGUCUCAUUUCAUUGGUGUUUCCGAGUACUGGUUUUCAUCGGAGCAUGUCUUUGGGCUUGGCGGUCCUUACAACUUCGUCCAGUAUGAACGCGCUGCCUCCAAUUUUUGUGCUAGAGAAUGGUCUGAUAUCGUGCGCGAACAUGAGGAAACUGUCAAAUAUCGCCCUUUGGACGGAGAUGGUGAGGUUCAAGGCAAGAAUGGAGAAGCCGUAGCUGUCGGAAAGUGGGGCCCGCAGGUGGAAAUAACUCGAUUGCAGAUGCAAUGUUUCAAGGCUGCUUGGAUUACAAAUGUCCUUCACGAAGGUAUAGGAAUGCCCCGAAUCGUUGAUAUAGGGGGAAACACAACUUCUGAAAGUGACAACGUAGACGCGAAAGCAGAGCAAAAAGGUUUGGGUAGACCAGCUUUUCAAUCAAUGGACUCUGUUGGAGAUAUAGCUAUCAGUUGGACACUGGGAAAGAUGGUUCUUGAAGCUAGCAAAGAGGUACCACCCCUGCAUGGCACCGUACCUCCAAUCAACGACCCACAAAUACCUGAAGGUUUUCCCGUCAAACCCAUUCGUCCGUGGUCGUCACUGGAUGGCUUAGAGGACCGUCUAACCCCUCAUCUACCGCCGUCUCUACACAGGACUUCACUUGGAUUUUCUCCCGUCCUUCUCAUCCUUUACACCAUGGUUUUCUUCGUUAUUCUUGUUAUCGCAUGUCCUUUGCGUCGUCAAUCUCGCGCGUUUUGCUUGCGCACGCUACGUAAAGUCGCAAAGCGUGAUCUCAAUUCUUUUGCUUUAGAAGAAGGAAAGUUUCUCAACGGAAAUGGAAUCAUUUCCCGACCGCCCUCUCCUACAUCUGGCCCUACGUCUGGUCCGAUAAAAUGGCUACGCCCCUUACGACAGUUUCUUGCCCCAAAACCGAAACGAUCACGCACUCGACCUUCGGUGCUCACAUUAACGGGUUUGAACUCCAAUGUACAUGAUGGGCCAGUGACACCAAUUCGGGGCUCUCCUGUCCGGUCCUAUACGCUUCCUGCAGGCGUGAUACUAGCCAACUCAGGCGGCUCGCGCAGCUCAUCACCCAUUCCUCCGUCCCCCAAUAAUGGCAUUGUUGAUGAUACCAAUGGUGGUUCAUCGUCCUUUUCACCUUCGCGCAACACCUCCCAUAUGAAUUUGUCGAGCAUGAUUACUAGGUCUGUUUCGCGAGUAAAUGUCAACAGUGGUCAUCAGAUUUCGGAUGGA